AUGUUUCAAGACUAUAUUGAGCUUCUAUCAUAUUCUUUACCUAACGAGUACUUUACUGAAGAUCCUCAAGACGGACAUCCCAACUCAAGCGUGCCAGAUUUUAUUAGGCAAGAGCGCAUCAACGAUAGGAUAUCAUGGCCUUUUUUCAAAGGUGAUGAGCACGCCCUAGCUGUAACCCUACGAAGGCGUUCACUUCCCCUCAUAAAGCUGCAGCCUCAGGCGGUAGAGCCAGAAAGCUCUGGCUGGAUGGUUUUACAUGCCAUGCGACGAACCCUAGCUGGUCAACCAGUUGUGGACUUUUCAGACCUCACAGCAUCAGUCCGGGAAAUAGCGCUGAGCCAUUUCAAGUGUGAGAUUCUAGCAGCGACCAGAGCUAGGACACUAAAGCCAACCGAAGAAGACUUCGCGAACUUGAUACAUGACGUUCAUCGAACAGAGUUUUUUGACAAUGCUAUGUACGCCAUAGAUGGCAUGUUCUCAACUGAUCAUAGUCACAACUCUCCAAAUGUCAUUGAGCCAGCCAGCGGCCACAUGGUUGACAAUACCCUUUUAGUGGCACAAGAUGCCUCAGAAGAUCGCCAUGGCGGUCUGGCUGUACAAAAUGUUUCGGAAAUUCUUCAAGAUUCUUCUUUGUCCUGCUCCAGCCAAGACUCUCCAGAAAUUCUAUCU